AUGCCUCAAAGACUCCCACGAAAUCCGUUUGCCAGUUCUACUACCAGCCCGGUUUCGAUCCCCUCAACAGACAGGGCCGUACCUCGAAGACCCUCGACAUCGAAAGGGAAUAGAUUAGCCCAAUUCUUCUCCUCUUCGCCCAAGAGUAAGGAACAGCAAACCGCACAGGCAGCAUUGCUCUCUGCAGUCGCAGCGCAGCAGCAGCAUCUCCUAAAUAACCCCUCACCGCACAUUAGUGCCCCUUCUCUUUCACUCCCCACCAUCUCUCUCUCAACAGCCAAAGCCGGGGAAGCAAAUAUGGACGAGCCUCCAACCACCCUUUUCCAGCCCCCUUCAGUAGCAGAGGCAAAGAGACAAGCAAAAAUCGAUGCUCAAUUCGGUCCACUAGGGAGCCAAAGCCACCGAUAUGUGAGCAAGCAUAUGGGAGGAGAAUUGCAAGAACCCGUUAUCGAUGAACCGCCAUACUAUUACCUCUUGACAACUUACAUCAGUUAUCUCAUUUUGAUCGUUUUUGGGCAUGUUAGAGAUUUCUUUGGAAAGCGCUUCAAACCCGAGCAUUACAAACAUUUGAAAGCCGCAGAUGGCUAUGCUGCCCUCAACAACGAUUUCGACAACUUCUACGUACGAAGAUUGAAGUUGCGUAUUGACGAUUGUUUUGCUCGCCCAAUCACGGGUGUUCCUGGUCGAUACGUGACUUUGAUCGACCGAAAGACGGAUGAUUUCAACGAGCAUUACCAGUUCACAGGCACUUAUACCGAAACCUUGAACAUGAGUUCUUACAAUUAUCUUGGCUUCGCUCAAUCCGAAGGUCCGUGUGCAGAUGCCGUCGAAGAGACAAUUAAGAAAUACGGCAUCAGCUCCGCAAGUCCUCGUGCUGAUGCCGGUACAUCCGAUUUGGCCCUUGAAGUUGAAGACAGAAUUGCCAAAUUUGUUGGCAAACCUGCUGCUAUGGUUUUCUCUAUGGGAUUCAGUACCAAUGCCAGUUCUUUCCCAGCCCUGGUAGGAAAGGGUUGCCUGAUCAUCUCGGACGAACUCAACCACGCAUCGAUUCGUAUCGGCGCACGUCUUUCAGGAGCCAUGAUUGCCUCAUUCAAACACAACGAUAUGACUGAUUUGGAAAAGACUCUUCGCGAGGUCAUUUCCCAAGGCCAACCCCGUACUCAUCGGCCUUGGAAGAAGAUUUUGGUGGUUGUGGAGGGAUUGUACUCUAUGGAAGGGACAAUGUGCAACUUGCCCGGUCUUGUUGCUCUGAAGAAGAAGUACAAGUACAACUUGUUUGUGGACGAAGCCCAUUCCGUGGGUGCACUUGGUCCUCGAGGCCGCGGUGUAUGCGACUACUUCAACAUCGAUCCAGCCGAAGUUGAUAUCUUGAUGGGCACGUUAACAAAAUCCUUUGGAGCCAAUGGAGGGUACGUAGCUGCGGAAAAGCACAUUAUCGACAAACUUCGAUCCACAAAUGCCGCUACCAUCUAUGGCGAAUCACCAACUCCCCCAGUUUUGAUGCAAAUUCUGAGUGCUCUUAAGAUCAUCUCUGGUGACCUCGUUCCUGGUCAGGGUGAGGAACGUCUUCAACGUAUUGCAUUCAACUCUCGAUAUCUCCGUUUGGGAUUGAAGCGUCUCGGCUUCAUCACAUAUGGCCAUGACGACUCACCUAUCAUUCCUAUUGUAUUGUACAACCCUGCCAAGAUGCCUGCAUUCUCCCACGAAAUGCUGAGACGAAAAAUUGCCGUCGUUAUCGUUGGAUACCCAGCUACUCCCUUGAUCUCUUCCCGAGCCCGAUUUUGUGUGUCUGCUGCGCACAACAAAGAUGAUAUGGACCGCUUGCUCGCAGCAUGUGACGAGAUUGGCAAUGUUCUCCAACUCAAGUUCUCUACUGGGGUUGCCGGCGGAGCGGAACACCUUCCGGAUGGUGUUACUCCUGAAAUGGAAGACGAAUGGAGAAAAGCGAAUGGGUUACAAGGCGUCGUCAAGCCACCCCGAUGGACUUUACGUGAGGUGAUUGCGAAUGGUGUUCAGGACGUGAAACAACCAUUACGAUGA